AUGCCAGCCAUGCCGAUAUGCAAAGACUCGGUGCUGCGGAAGCCAGCCGAAGUACCCGAGGCAAUUACCCGUCCGAAUAAAACACAGUCUUCAACUCAGCAGAUCCAGCAGAACCAAACUGAUGUACCGCAACCAUCGCUGCAAGACGCCGCAAAUGCGAUUUCUUGGAUGCAUGCUCCUGAACUCCCCGAUAAAGAUAGGAUCAUCACCCUUGUUGAAGAAUACUUCGCCCAUGUACAUCCGCUUCGCUGCUUCGGUUUUGUGCACAAACCGUCAUUCAUGCAGCGCCUUGACGACGAUUUUGACUCAUGUUGUAACAAUGAAUCACUUCUACAUGUUAUAUGUGCUUUGGGUGCAAAAUUCUUGGCCUUAGGCUAUUCUUCUCGUCAUGGUCUGUCACCUGAGGCUGUUCUAGAAGCAGGGAACCAGUGGGCAAAAAAGGCAAAAGUACGAAUAUUUGCUGACUUGGAUGACUUGUCGCUCGAGAAGCUAAUGACUGCAAUUCUCCUUUAUGACCAUGAUUUACGUAUUGGAAGCUAUGCGAGUGCGUUCAUGCUCAGUGGGAUUACUUCGCGAAUGUCUCAAGCAUUGCAGCUGAAUCUUGAGCAUUCUGCCGAUGUGCUUUGUCUGAAAGCAGAGUUAUCCUCAGCAGCAGUAAUAAAUGAAGCACGACGGCGUCUUAUGUGGAGCUGCUAUGUGAUGGAUAGCUGGGUUGGCAGUGGUGUUAACCAACUCACUUUGCUGGAAGAUCGAGAUCUUAAGAUCCAGCUCCCCUGUGACGGCCACAAUUUCUCCUUAGGGAUCCCCUGCAUCACCGAACUUUUGGAUGAGGGAAAAAUACUGGGGUUCGUGCCAAGGAAUCACAUUCCACCACAUCCAUCCCAGAAUAUGGGCAUUGAAGCGUACUUCAUUCGCCUCGUCAGCUCGCGGAAGAAAGUCUUACGCUAUGUGAAGCAUCUGGACAUUGCAAGGCCCCCUUGGUUAGCAGGCUCCGAGUUCUUGUUACUGUCAGCCGAAUUCGACAACUGGCGAUAUUCCCUUCCGCAGAGCCUACAAUGGCGCCCAGAUGCCAUCUACGCACGCAGAGAGUCGUCGCAGCUCGGUGCACUGACCCUUCUCUGGUGCACCUACUACCAAACAUUGGUUGACCUAUAUCGCAUUGGGAUGCCUGCCAUCUUUCGCAUUCGGAAAAACGUUGAGUUUCCGCCUGACCAGCAGGACUUUCUCAAGCAUUGCCGUAGAGUUUGCUAUGAGAAUGCCCGCGAAGUCUCUAAUGUCAUAUCAGAGGCCUUGCGACAUGGUAUCAAAGCUCUUGCUGAUACCUGGUUAUGCAUCAUCGCCCAUGACAGCACCAAGGUCAUGCUUUAUUAUAUGAAGCAAGAUGAGAUGGCCCAAGGAGAGGUGGGCGACACCAAAGCACUAAUUCAGAAGAACCUUGAUGGACUCCUCCAAAUGAGACCUAUGGUGGCCACUGCCGAAUAUUGUUGCCUCUCGAUGGUCAGGAUGAUGAUUGCAGCUGGUAUACAGCCUCACAUUCCACAAGGAGCGGCAACCAAUGGGAGCGCGUCCGAGCCAGUUGACGAGAUGCCUUCCAUACCAGGAUCCCCUGUCCAGGAGUCCCCGGAAAAUGUUUUGAACCCCCUCGCAAUUUAUCGCAUGGCACGAACUGCCUUGCACGAGAAAGAUUCCGGAAUCUCAGCAUCCCUGUCACCCUCGACCCACAGUGAACUUUCAACAGCGAUCUUGCAGCCAAGAUCUGAUCGCCAGCGUACUUCAACCAAGUCUACCACGAAUAAUCAUCCACAAGGCCGCCGACGAGAUUACUCUGGUCAAGAGAUAUACCAGCAAAAUCCGCCUUCACAUCCGUCAGUUGAGCAAAUCCAGGGGUAUUCUACUCAGCUAAGGCAAGAGGAUCAACCUUUAUCACUCGGAAAUAAUUCAUCACAGUUUCCAGUCACGGGGUCAGGCGGCGCCUGGGAUCCGGCGGACAUGGCCGUUAUGGAUAUGCUGAAUGGUGGGAUAACCCCAUGGACUGCAGAAUAUCUAACAGAUGGCCAGUCUGGCGGUGUGGAUCCUUUCCUGUUUCCCUUCUAG